AAAAAAAAAAGUGGACAUGAAUUUCAGCUUUCACUUUUAGUUUCCUUCACUUCAAAGCUCUGUUGGGGUUUUCAGACAAUUCUCUCAUCAAACCCCAAAUUUUCCUUCCAAUUUUUGUUAUUUUCCGACAAUGGCGAAUCAUGCGUAGAUUGUUCGAAACCCUAAUCAACCAUACAUAAUUUUUUAAUUUUUUUUCAGAGAUGGGUUCUGUAGCGAAUCAAAAUCCAUACACACCGUACGACAGCUACAGAGACUGUUCAUUAGGAAUCUGCAGCAUAUACUGCCCGCAGUUCUGCUACCUAAUCUUCCCUCCUCCGCCGCCGUCCGACGACGAUUCCGCCGCCCCUUUUUCCCCACUAAUCAUAGCCAUCAUCGGCGUUCUCGCCGGCGCCGUCCUUCUAGUCGGCUACUACACCGUCGUCACGCGCUACUGCAAGAGAAGAAGAACCACCACAGACGGCGGCCACACCACCACAAGAACCACCGAACCCGGAUCCGACGAGAAUCAAAACGAAUCGGGUCAGGACAUUCAGUACCGGGUCGCCCCGGCCGGAAUGGACGAGUCCCUUAUCAAAGCAAUCGCCGUCUGCAAGUACCAAAACGGCGACGGUUUGAUCGAAGACACCGAAUGCGCUGUUUGUCUGAGUGAAUUUCAAGAAAACGAGCCGUUGCGGCUUUUGCCGAAGUGCAGCCAUGCUUUUCACUUGCCUUGUAUCGACACGUGGCUCAAAUCCCACUCGAAUUGUCCGCUGUGCCGCGCGAACGUUGUGGCUUUAGCGAAUUCUUGCGUAAGUCAACCGCCGGUUGACUUGGUUUUGGUGGUGGAUGAUCAAGAAUUGAGUUUGUCUCAACAAAAUGUUGUAAUAAUAAACGAGGAUGACGAUGAUGUUGUUGUUGAUGAUGUUGCUAUUCGUAUUCAAGAAAUUGAGAAUGCAGGGGAUUCUUUAGGUGGUGCGUUUUCUUUGCCGCAACGGCCGAUUUUAGUGUCGGAUAUUUUGAAAUUCGGAGAGAUUGACGAGUACGUGCAAGUGGAAAAUGACGAGCUUUGGAGGGGGGUCGGUUCGUCGAACGGAGUAUUAUACGGUAGUGAAGAAAGCGAGUUCGGUAGUGUAAAUAGGAACAACGACGGGGUGUUGUUACUUAGAAGCCCCGUCGCGACGAAGAGGUGCGUUUCGAACGGAAGAUUCAUGUCGAACAAAGGCAAGAAGUCUAUGCUCCCCAAUUGAAGUACAAUACUACAUUUUUUUUUAAUUUUUUUUUCCCAAAAUUUAUUACCAAUAGAAAUGAAGUUAUUUCGUGA